AUGCUCAGGCAGAUGCCAGGUGUCCUGUCCCAGGUGCAGCUGCAGGAGUCGGGCUCCACGAUGGUGCAGCCCUCACAGACCCUGUCCCUCACCUGUGCCAUCUCUAGGGACAGUGUCUCCAGCAACAGUGCUGCUUGGCACUGGAUCAGGAAGCCCCCAGGGAAAGGGCUCCAAUGGCUGGGAAGAACCUACUUCAGGAACUGCAGCCAGGGGAGACCCCGCGCGGUGGGGGCCGGGCUCCAGAACCUCAGCAACACCUGCUAUGCUGACUCAGCCCUGCAGUGCCUCAGCUACACCCCACCCCUAGCCCACUACCUGCUGUCCGGGAGGCACUCAGGGGCCUGCGGGCAGCGGGCACGGGCAUCCUGCACCCUGUGUGCCCUGCAGGCUCACGUGACCCGGGCCCUCCUGUGCCCCGGGGACGUCAUCGUGCCCAAGGGGAAGCUGCUCCCGGGCUUCCGCGGACAGCAGGAGGACACCCACGAAUUCCUCCUGUUCACGCUGGACGCCCUGCAGCAGGCCUGUUUUCGGAAGAAGCAGCCACUGCCGACACCACCGCCCCCGCUGCCUCCGCCACCUCUGGGCCGGCCCUCACAGGAGGACGCCACCCUGAUCCACCGGGUCUUUGGAGGCCACUGGAGAUCUCAGAUCCAGUGUUUCCGCUGCCAUGGCGUGUCAGACACCCUGGACCCUUACCUGGACAUCGGCCUGGACAUCCAGGUGGCGCAGAGCGUGACCCAGGCCCUGAACCUGCUGGUGAGGCCUGAGCUGCUGGACCCGGCAGACUGCUACCAGUGCGGAGCGUGCCUCCGGAAGGUGCCGGCCACCAACAUGCUGCGCCUGCACGCGGCUCCCCGGGUGCUCAUGCUGGUGCUGAAGCGCUUCUUGGCGCCGGCAGACAGCAAGGUGGAGCGGGACGUGCGCUACCCCAAGCGCCUGGACCUGCGGCCCUAACUGUUCCGGCGGCAGCGCGGCGCGCUCCAGCUGCUGUACCGCCUCUACGCAGUGCUGGUCCACGCAGGCCGCACCUGCCACAGCGGCCACUACUUCUGCUACGUCCGAGCCACGGGCGGCCCGUGGUUCAAGAUGGACAACGCCCAGGUGACCACCUGCGACGCGUCUGUGGCCCUGAGCCAAUGCGCCUAUGUGCUCUUUUACAUCCAGACCAGUGAACUGUAA